AUGGAGAUCCUGGAGGACCUGGGGGACCUGGGGGACCUGGAGGUUGGGGACCUGGAGAUCCUGGAGGUGAGGGAGCUGGAGGAGCUGGAGGAGCUGGAGGUAUACGACCCUGGCGAGACCGGCGACACCGGCGACACCGGGGACACUGACAAGGGGUGGGAGGUGGUAGAGAAGGGGAGGACGGCGCUGAGCUUAGAAGAGAAGAUCCCGGGUCACCAGCGGCAUCAGACAUCUUUCCAGUUGCACGUUGACUGGUUCGUCCUCGAUGGUGUCAGUCUGUUCCCUGGGUUGUUCUGUCCUACGGCGCUGCUUGUUUGGUUUACCUACGUGGACUGA